UUACUACCAUCGCCGCAAUGUCUCCAGCAGUUUUCCACAGUGACCCCAUCGUCCUGAACGGUGCCAAAGCUAACGCGAUCGAAGAUGGUUUUGGAACGCGCGCAAUCCAUGUUGGCUCUGAGCCCAAUGUCGAGACGGGUGCCGUUAUACCGCCCAUAUCCUUGUCUACAACAUACAAGCAGGAAGCGGUCGGUGUUCACAAGGGUUACGAAUACUCUCGCUCUGCCAAUCCGAAUCGCAAUGCCCUAGAAGCCACCCUCGCCUCUCUUGAAUCAGGGGGAGCACAUGCCCUUGCAUUUGCAUCUGGCUCCGCCACAACCGCCACGGUCCUCCAGUCCCUGGGACCCAAUGCGCACAUUGUCAGCGUGAACGACGUGUAUGGAGGUACAUUCCGUUACAUGACAAGAGUAGCCAAUGAGAACCAGGGAUUGGAGACGACGUUUGUAGAUCUAGAACAUGCGGAUGAAGAUACCAUUAAAGAUGCGAUCCGCGAGAAUACCAAGUUAAUAUGGAUUGAAUCACCCACAAACCCAACCCUCCGCCUGAUCGACAUACCCCGCCUCGCCCAAAUAGCCCACAACCAUCCAUCCCACCCCCUCCUCCUAGUCGACAACACCUUCCUCUCCCCGUUCUACUCAUCCCCCCUCCUCCUCGGUGCCGACAUCGUCAUGCACAGUCUCACCAAAUACAUCAACGGCCACUCAGACGUCGUCAUGGGCGCACUCAUCCUCCCGCCCCACUCACCGGUACACGAGAAACUCCGGUUCCUACAAAACGCGAUCGGCGCAGUUCCAAGCGCGUAUGAUUCGUGGCUCGCGCAGCGGGGCGCCAAGACGCUUCAUCUACGGAUGAAGGCGCACGGACAGAAUGCGUUGAUGGUGGCUAGAGUACUAAAAGCGAGCCCGCACGUCGAGGAGGUGAUUUAUCCCGGAUUGGAGGGGGAUAAGAGGAACGCAUUGGCGUGGCGGAUGCUCUCCCCACAUGCGAGAAACGGUAUGAUUUCGUUUAGGAUCAGGGGCGGGUUUGAAGCUGCUGAGCGGUUCUUGACUUCUGCGAGAUUGUUUACGUUGGCGGAGAGUUUGGGUGGUGUGGAGAGUUUGGCGGAACAUCCUGCGAGGAUGACGCAUGGGAGUGUGCCGGAGAGGGAGAGGGAGUUGUUGGGGAUUGGGGAAGGGUUGAUUAGGCUGAGCGUUGGGGUGGAGGAAGGCGAGGAUCUUGUUAGGGAUGUUUUGCAGGCUUUGGAAAAGGUGGGGGAGGCGUGA